AUGUCGGGAAGCCUCUCGGCCGCUUUGGCGACUGCCCGCGGCCGCGCGGCGGCCCUGGCGGCCGCGGGCGCCGCGGCGGGCGCGGCGGGCGCGGCCCUGGCCGCGCCACAGCCGCGGCGCCCCGCGCGCUGCUACUUUGAGCCGCGACCGGACGGCUCGACGGACCGCCUGGCCAGGUGGUCGGGCCGCACGUGGGGGAAGAUCCCCUGGGACAGGAGCCCUACCUUUCACCUGAAGGGCGUGCACCCGCUGCUGGAGAAGUAUGCCAGCAGGCUGGUGGACGGGGUCUCCGCGCUGGACGCGGAGAUCGGCCCGUCGGCGCUGGUGCCGCUGUGCGGCAAGAGCUACGACCUGCUCUUCCUCUGCCAGCUGGGGCUGGGGGUCGUCGGCGUCGAGGGCAUCCUGAGGCCCAUCUGCGAGUUCCGAUCCGAGCACCAGGGGAGGGUCCGCGGCCUCAGGAGGAGCACUCCCCUCCAUCUGCGCGCCGACGGCACGUGGGCGGAGGGAGCCGACUUCCAGGCCGCCGACGGGUUCGCGGGGGCGAGGCCCCACCGGGUCUUCAAGAGCGGCCCGGAGGGGCUCGGGUACUACGCGGACUUCCCGGCGGUGUGGCACGGCACGGUGCCCGCGGGCGUGCACGGGACCAGGCCGCUGGACCUGCUCCAGGCGGACUUCUUCGAGGCCUCGCCGGCGAUGCUGGCCGGGGGCACCUUUGCGAGGCGGGGCGCGUGCGACGUGGCCGUGGACCGCGGGGGCCUCGACGCCGUCCCUCCGGGCGCGAGGCGCCAGUACGUGGCCGCGCUCUCCCGCCUGCUGAAGCCAGAGGGCAGGGUCCUUCUGAUCGUGCUGGAGUACGACCAGUCCCAGGUGCCGGUGGACCCGACGGGCAAGCGCUCGCGCCCGCCGCCCUUCAGCGUGCCGGAGGCCGAGGUGCGCCGCCUCUUCCCGGCGGGCGCGUGGGACGUGGAGCUCCUCGAGCGGCGACCGGAGACAGAGAUUUCGACUUUCAGCCCGGCCUUCAGCGGAGUCACCGUCAGAGAGGCGGCCUACCUGAUCCACAAGCGCCCUGGCGCGACGCCGAGCACCGCGGCGCGACGCGCCGCCGGCUGCGCCGCCGUGGCGGGGGCGCUGGCGGCCGCCGCGUGGGCCACUCGGGACGCCCGGCGCGGUGGCUGA